AUGGCGGACCAAGAGGAGACUUUUCCCAUUCAAAGCUCUCCGGGUGGCUCGGAUUCGAGAGAAUUACGGACUGAAAAUAAAUCCGAGAAACCGAACGGGACCUCAAGCAAAUCCCCGUCAUCACAGACAACUUACAUUCAGCAGGGAAUGGAAGGAAUAAAAGUCUACCUGCACGAGAGGGAACUCUGGGUGAAGUUUGACGAAGUGGGGACGGAGAUGAUUAUCACCAAAGCCGGAAGGCGAAUGUUCCCCAGCUUCAAAGUGAAGGUCGCGGGAUUAAACCCCAAAACUAAAUAUAUACUCCUGAUGGAUGUUGUUCCUGCGGACGACCAUCGAUACAAAUUCGCCGACAAUAAAUGGUCUGUGACCGGGAAGGCAGAGCCCGCGAUGCCCGGCAGGCUCUACGUCCACCCAGACUCUCCCGCCACGGGCGCGCACUGGAUGAGGCAGCUCGUGUCCUUCCAGAAGCUGAAGCUGACCAACAACCACCUGGACCCGUUCGGACACAUCAUACUAAAUUCGAUGCAUAAGUAUCAGCCGAGGAUCCACAUAGUGAAGGCGGAUGAAAAUAACGGCUUUGGCUCCAAAAACACGGCCUUCUGCACUCACGUCUUCCCGGAGACAGCCUUCAUCGCGGUGACGUCCUACCAGAACCAUAAGAUAACCCAGCUGAAGAUAGAGAACAACCCGUUUGCAAAAGGCUUUCGUGGAAGUGAUGACAUGGAGCUGCACCGGUUGUCCAGGAUGCAAAGUACCAAGGAGUAUCCAGUAGUGCCUCGCAGUGCAGUGCGUCAGAGGGUGGGCUCCAGCCAGAGCCCGUUCAGCGGGGAGGUCCAGGGCCUGGCCACCCCGAGCACCCUGAGCUCCCAGUACUCCCAGUGUGAGAGCGGGGUGACGAGCACCUCACAGGACCUGCUGCCUCAGUCAGGCUCCUACCCUCUGCCUCAUGAGCACGGCCCGGAGUACCACUGCAUCAAGAGGAAAGUGGAGGAUGACUGCCACUCAGGUGAGCACAGCUAUAAGAAGGCCUAUCCGGAGAGCUCGUCCAGUGAGGAGGACCAUUACUACCGUCCCGUUGGCUACCCCCAGGGCCUCGGCCUGGCGGGCGGGCCCUACCGCAGCGAGUCUAGCCAGCGGCAGGCCUGUAUGUACGCCAGCGCCUCACAGGGGGCUGAGCCAGUUCCUAGUUUGGAGGACAUCAGCUGCAACACAUGGGCCAGCGUUUCACCCUAUGGGAGCUGCUCUGUCACCACCAUGCAGCCAAUGGACCGGCUGCCCUACCAGCACUUCUCCGCCCACUUCACCUCGGGGUCUCUGGUGUCCAGACUUGGCGGGGUAGGGGGCCACGCCUCUCCGCAGCUGGGCGAUGGCCACCACCCUGCCAUGUACCAGAGCUCCAUGACCCACCAGACUCUGGGCCGCCAGUGCAGUCCUGGGGCUGGGAUCCAGUCUCCAGCAGCGGGCCUACAGGGAAACGAGUACCUCUACACACACGGCAUACCACGUACACUAUCGCCACACCAGUACCACACUGUGCACAGUGUCAGCAUCAUGCCAGAGUGGAAUGAGAACAGCUAA